GGAAUUGGAAACUUCUGUAUUUAUUAUUAUUUAACAAGGCUCACACACUACUGCUUCCUUCUUCCUCACCACACCCAUUCAUUGCAUCGUUGAUUUUCAAGAACAACACUUCAUUCACUCGCAAGAAUCGCAGGUUCCGUGUCUGUAGAUUGUUGUAAGAGUUUGCUUGUAAGUUGAAACAUCAAGUAAGUGCUGGCUCAAGAUAUGAUGAAUCAAACUCAGACUGAAUAUUGGGGUGAAAGUUCUGGCUCAACUUCCCAUAGCAGUCAGCAGGAAGUUGAGGAUGACCGGAUGAUUGCUCUUGUGCUGUCAGAAGAGUAUGCAAAAUUAGAUGGAGCAGUUGCUCAGCGCCUUUCCAACUUGGAACCUGUUCCUCAUGUUCCCCGGAUAAAUUCCUUUAUUCCCACCGUAAGUGAUGCUAGUAUGGAUCACCAACGUCUGAUUCAGAGGUUGAAUGUAUAUGGUUUAUGUGAAGUUAAGGUAUCUGGUGAUGGAAACUGUCAGUUUCGUGCCCUUUCUGAUCAGCUGUAUAGGUCACCUGAACACCAUAAGCAUGUUCGUAAAGAGAUUGUGAAACAGCUCAAAGAUCACCGUUCAUUAUAUGAAUGCUAUGUACCAAUGAAGUACAAAAGAUACCACAAGAAAAUGGCUAAAUCUGGAGAAUGGGGGGACCAUGUUACCUUACAGGCAGCUGCUGAUAAGUUUGCAGCAAAGAUAUGCCUUCUGACAUCAUUCAGAGAUACUUGCUUCGUUGAAAUUAUGCCACUGUACCAAGCACCACAACGUGAAUUGUGGUUGAGCUUUUGGUCUGAGGUUCAUUACAAUUCACUGUAUGCAAUCCAAGAUGCACCAAUCCAGCAUAAACCAAGAAGGAAACAUUGGUUAUUCUAGGAGAGUGAUCGGCUCCUUGCUUGAUGCCAAAUAUCUAAUAUUAUACAUUAUUCAGUGAAGGAAAACUACAUAAUUGAAUAUUGAAGUUCUAUUUGCCUAAGUAUUAAAGAUGCAGUGGGCACUGGACAUUUUGUUCCUACACAUAAAGGGGAGGAAGCUGGAGGGGAAGAAAUUACUUUAUAAUUUUUCACUUCAUUAUUUUUUACAGUAUGAUUCUUUUAUUAAUUUAUUAUUUUAUUUUAGUCAUGCCUUUUUAUAUUGGGAAGAGCACUCCAUUAUGAUUUGUAUUUUCUAUUACUUUGUAAAGCAAAUCAUGUAUUGACUUACAAAAUUGUCAUAGCUAUUUGAACUAUGCAAAUCCUUUGAUUUUUCCCAUCAGCAUAUGCAUUAGCCUGGCAAAUGUACGAGUGGUU